GAUCAUCUUCUUGUCGAACAUAUACUUUCCAAGCUUAUUACUACUACAUUUUAAUAUUAAAAAAAAUUGUAAAAAUGUCUGAUAAGAAGCCGGGCAUGCGGGCUGUUAUCCUUGUCGGAGGAUUUGGAACCCGACUUCGCCCCUUAACAUUCACCGUGCCCAAACCCUUGGUUCCCAUCUGUAACAAACCUAUGAUCAUUCAUCAAGUCGAGGCUCUCAAGAAAGCUGGAGUUACAGAAGUGAUCCUCGCUGUUGCCUAUCGUGCAGAAGUUAUGAAAGCUGAGAUGGACAAAUGGGCAAGCAAAAUAGGUAUUUCGUUUGUCUAUUCUGUUGAGGAUGAACCAUUGGGUACUGCUGGACCUCUUUCACUGAUGCGUGAUAUUCUCAUGCAAGACGAUAAUCCCUUUUUUGUACUCAACUCGGACGUCGUAUGCGAGUAUCCACUUGAGGAUUUCAUUAAAUUUCACAGAGGACAUGGCAAGGAAGGGAGCAUCAUGGUUGCCAAAGUCAAGGAUUGGGAUAGGUACGGUGCGGUAAUCUAUGAUGAAAAAACGUUAGUUAUCAGAGAUUUUGUUGAAAAGCCCAAGGAGUUUGUCGGUGAUCGCAUUAAUGCUGGUAUUUAUAUUUUUAAUAAGAGCAUUCUAUCUCGCAUUCCACUUGGCAGGACUUCCAUCGAACGACAAAUUUUCCCGAAGAUGGCUAUUGAUGGUGAACUCUGUGCGUAUAAUCUUGAGGGGUUCUGGAUGGAUAUUGGUCAGCCCCAUGAUUUUAUUACUGGUAUGUCCAAGCUUUUGCCCUUCCUGGACGAAACAACUUACAAAACAAAGAAACCACACAUUGAAGAAACGCGUGAUGGGGUGGAGUCGCAUUUCAAGGUUUGUGGGAACGUUCUAAUUGAUCCCAGUGCCACUAUUGGUGCGGGCUCUGUGAUCGGGCCCGAUGUUUCGAUCGGUGCCAAUUGCAAGAUUGGUCCUUGCUGUCAUAUUCAUUCAGCAGCGAUUUUUGAUAACACAACUAUCGGGACAGCUACCGUGAUUUCGAAGAGUAUUAUUGGCUGGAAUAAUCGUAUUGGUUCUUGGUGCCAUGUCGCGAAUAACUCGGUGCUUGGCAAUGAUGUGGAGAUAAGCGAUGAUAUUAUCGUGAACUGUGUAAAAGUACUUCCUAACAAAAGUGUAUCAAAAAAUUGUUUUGAGCCCGAAAUAUUAAUGUGA